AACAAGAAGAAAAAAGAACCUAUUUUCACUCAUUAUUGUGAUACAUGUGAUCGUGGUUUUAAAAACAAGGAGAAAUAUGAGGAACAUAUCUCUCAGCACAGACAGUGUACAGAAGUUGGCUGUAGUUUCAGUGCACAUGAAAAACUGGUUCAGAUCCAUUGGAAAAAUAUGCAUUCGCCUGGUGCCAAAAGAAUCAAAUUGGACACUCCAGAGGAAAUUGCAAAAUGGAGGGAGGAAAGAAGAAAAAAUUUUCCUACUUUGGCAAAUAUCGAAAAGAAGAAAACAGUACAGAUGCAAAAGGAGCAACGUGGAGAGGUACUUAGAACACUGGAGUUUGGCAAAAUGAAGGGAAUGUGGAAACCACCUCACUGUGAAACUUCUAGGCAACAAGGAAAAGCAAGAAAGCGAACAAAUCGCUUCUGGAACAAAUCCAGGAAUAUGUCUCAUGAUAAGGAUCUCCUCUUGCACGCUUCUGCAAAUGGUGUAGAGAGCCAUGGAACUGAGAAGGAAGUUAAAAGACAGCCUGCUGGAGACGCAGACCCUUCUCUGAGAGAUGUUGAUCCCCUUAGUAUUUUGGCCAGUAAUGAUCCUGAUUCAGACAAAGAAGCAGGAAAUGAAAAAGAUGCAACCCUGGGAAUUAGUGUAAUUCCAAAGCAAGUCACUUCAGCUUUGAGCUCACUGGUAACCAGCUAUGGCAGUUUGUCAGAAAGUGAAAGUGAUCAAGAUGAGCCCAUCAAGACUGCAGCAAAAGGACUUGAUGAAAACCAAGCAAUCCUCAGAUGUAUGCCUCAGUCUUCAAACAUCCCUCAAGGCUUAGAAGACACAAGCAGCAAAGAAGCUGUUAAUCAUAUAGAUGCCACAUCGAGAAGACCUGAUCCACGCACAGUACAAACCCAAGGUCGAAACAGACAGAAGAAAGCAUUUUCCGUAAUACCAAAGCGCCGUCCAACUCUCCUGGAAAUGCUGUUAGCAAAGGACAUACGGCAUGAAAGAAAUGUAAUUCUUCAAUGUAUUCGCUAUAUCCUUCGAAAUGAUAUCUUUGGACUCCAUUUGCAGACUGAAUUAACAGCACAUUUAGAGACUGGACAGACUUCUCAAGCUGUGCAAGAGCUAUUGGCAGACAGGCCUAGUGAAACUAACAGCUCUCAUAGUUUGCCCAACCAGUUAACAGGACAGAAUGGAUUACCUGGAGAUCAAAGCAAGGAAGCAACUGUGUCCCAGAUAUUACCAGUUUCUCAUGCUCCUGAUGAGGAAAUUUGGGAAACUGCUGAAAUCUAUAGUGAAGAGAACUAACCCUUUGGAAUAAUUGGAAGGCUGGCGGUCCACUUUAGGAUUAUGUUGAAAAUAACCAGAUUGCACGUGGUAUCAUAAGAGUUUGUCUAGACUACAGCUUCCCUGAUGGAAAGUUGGCAUCCAUUUUGCUACUGUUUUGAUUUUACAAUAUUUUUUGAUGAUUUUAUUUUUGCAUCUCAUAAUUUGAAUAGAAAUUGGAUUAAAAUUAUAUUAUUGAAUAAAGUUUAUUCAAAUUUUCUAACAAAUGAAAGAAA